AUGGACCUGAAACGAAAGGUCAGCGUCAUAAAUAUCCCACAAGCCGUUGACUACGUGGACUGCAGCGCGCCGCCCAACGAGGCUGGCCUCCCCGUUUGCCUGAAUAGACCCCAAGGCGGGACCCCAGGCUCAGACGGAGGUGCAGGUUUCCAAACGGCUCUGAGGACCAGAUUGAGGCAGACUGCUGUGCCGCAACGGGGAGAGGGCGCUUAUAUGGCAGAAGAGCCGGAUCCCAAAGCGGCAAGGCGCGUCUUGUGGAAGGUAUUUAUGUAUUUAUGCAACGGGGAGUACAAAGCAAUUCACCCCCGUCGCCAAACAUUGCAGAUCUCGCCCACCCACACCGGCGAUCAUGUUUCGAGCGCCAUACGUGCAUGCGUAUCCCGCGCUUACCGUGUGGCCGUUGCCAGCAUCUCCCAGCACCGUGGGGCCGCAUCGGCUUGGCUCAGCAUCGUGAAACGGAGAGGCUCCGUCGUCAGGCCAGGACGGUCUCAGCCCUACCAGCCGGCGCGAUGGGGCAGCAGGCGGCCGCCUCGAGAGCCUCUCGCCGCUCCCCUGCGUUGGGGCGGCCGUGGUCUUAUUUUGUCGGCCAUUCAGAGACAUGGCUGGGGGUUAGCCGCCCAGCAUCUGUGUAUGCGCCGACGCAGCCUAUAUGGCGACGCAGAGCCGCACCCUCGCCCGAAAUAUCCUCAAACAGGCGCUUCGCCCUCGCUGGCCCAGCCCGCUGCCCGGGAGGAACGGGCAGCCUGCCGCUGCUGUGCUGAGGCCACUCACGGGGCCCCGAUCCGCUUCCCCUGCCGUCUUUCGACGAAGCGCCAGAAAACGCCCUCGGGCGCGGCUCCAUUGUCCAGUUUCAGCCCGCCAGAUUGA